AUGGCUCUUCAACUCCAAGAAAUCGACCAAGAGGUCGACUUCCCAGCCCUCGCCCGAUGCAUGUUCGAGUCCUAUGAGAGCCCCCCACAAAAGUUCUUCCACGUCUUCUUCCCCACCCACGGCACGGGCAACGAGGCAAGGGAGGCGGCCAUCGAUGAGGCUGCAACCCGCCUGAAGCUCUGGCACACCCAUGACCCGUCCAGCUACUGGCAAAAGGUAGUCGACACCGAGAACGGCAAGGUCGUGGGUGGCUCUUUGUGGAAGAUUCACAAGGAGAACCCGUUUGCCGACCCGCCGCCGUCCCAGGUGACCUGGUUCCCAGAUGAUGGCUCACGCACCUACGUUGAGAAAGCCCUCGAGAACCACUCCGCACCGAGAGCCCGGGUGGCUCAGAAGCCGCACCUCUACCUCUUCAUCAUUUUCACUCACCCCGAUUACCGGCGAAAGGGCGUUGGACAGCAAUUCAUGAACUGGGGUUUGGAAAGGGCAAAGGAGCUGGGAUAUGAUUUCUACCUGGACUCUACCCCGUACGGCCGCCCGUUGUACGAGGCAAACGGCUUCAGUUACAUCGAGGAGAACAUCAACCACCCGCAAACGGACUCCCCGGAUGAGGCAUGGAAGAAUGUGGAGAAGAAGGUUGGUCCCUUUACCUUUUGGCUGAUGUGGAAGGCUGCUGGGGACAACUCGGAUGCAGCGAAACCGGCUGCGGCCAGCGAGUGA